UAUAAAGUUCAUACUAAUUUUCACAUUUGGUGUGACCUUUACCUUGACUCAGUUUUCACUGAAAUUAAAUCAGUGUGAGCUGUAAUUGGUAUCUACAAUCACACAAAAUUUGAAAAUGAUACCUUGAAAACUGUCAACACUAGACUGCUAACAAACAGACACGAUUACAUAUUCUUUUUAUUUGGGAGGAAAAUAAAUAACAUGGAAUUGCUUUGUUUUUGCCCUGACGAUGAACCAAGGAUCAUCUGGUAAAUCUUGUAUGCCUUUGGGUGAAACAGCCAUAAUAUGAACAAAGUUUCAUAUAAACAAAUUACCCACUGCUGAUGGAAAAGCACAGAGAAAAGAACAAGACGGUACACAUGGUCUUCCUGGAUCUGGAAAAGGCAUUCGAUCGGGUCCCCCACGAGCUGAUUUGGCGAUCACUACAAACUCAUGGUGCCCUGGAAGCUUAUGUGAAAUGGACUCAGCUGCUCUAUCGUAAUGUCACAAGCACGGUCCGAUGUUCAGCGGGAACAUCACCAGCCUUCCCAAUUACCGUUGGCGUCCACCAGGGCUCGGCCCUCUCGCCCCUGCUGUCCUCUGUGUGGACACCGCGACGGCUGAUCUGCAAUCACCACAUCCAUGGAGCCUCCUGCAUGCAGAUGAAACAGAAAACUGCCUAGCCCUGCAAACCCGAACACAAGCGUGAAAAGAUUGGCUCUCCGAAAACGGCAUGUGCCUGAACAUCAAGAAGACUGAGUACCUUGAAUACGGCCCCCAAACCAACAGUACCAUCACUAUCGAUGGCGUGCCGCUGACUGAAGUUGCCCAAUUCAAGUACCUCGGGUCCCUUGUCACCUCAGACUGCGAAACUCUACCAGACGCCAGACUCCGUGUCAACACAGCGUGGAUGAAGUGGCGUCAGGCCAGUGGAGUCUUAUACGACAAGAGAAUGCCAAUCUAUCUUCAUUUGAAAGUCUAUACGUCGAUCGUGCGCCCAGUGGCACUCUACGGGUCAGAGUGCUGGCCAGCGAUGACCAAACACGAACAAGCCCUUCACACCAUGGAGAUGAAGAUGCUGAGGUGGCCUCUGGGUCUCACACGACUUGACCGAGCGAGGAAUGAAGAUGUCAGGAAACGAUGGGGAGUGACACCGAUCACAGACAAGAUGCGAGAGGCGAGGCUCCGAUGGUACGGCCAUGUUGUCCGUAGCGAUAAGAACUCCAUCACAAAGACAGCCCAGCAAUUAGAUCUGGAUGGAAAGCGCUGGACGGACCGAAUCACAGAUGAUAUGAAGGUUGCGAAUGUUACACCAGAAGACGCCCUGGAUAGGAAGAAGUGGAGGAAGGCAUGCAAAAUAGCGAACCCUGCAUCGUGGGAUGUAAACCACUAGGAAGAAGAAGAAGACCCAUACACCUUGAGUUACCUCAGAGUGAAAAGAGUUCAGUUCUAUUGCAGAUGAAGGAAAACAGUGUCUCACUUAUUCUUGUUCUUUCAGCCCUUUUACCAUCAAGCAAUCUACAAAUGUAGGUCAAAAUGCUGUUUGAAUGAAGUCCCGACUGCACAGGAUAUAUAUUUGUGCCUUUAUCGAUCCUUGUGUUAUACAGGCCAGCAGUUCUUUGAAAUGCUUGUACUGCACCUGUUAAACAUAAGAACAGCAGAGUUCUUAACUGUGUUUGAAGUCUUAAUUCAGCCUGGUUACUCAUGUAACAAAGUAACCUUGAUGACCUCUGUUUGCAUAUCUUUUAAUUUGUUCAGUCAGAGAGUUACAUCACAAAGCUUAGCCUCUCGCAGGGUCACUGUGUGUGUCUGUGUGUGUCUGUGUGUGUGUUUGUUGCCAGGGCUCCAGCAGUCUCCUCAAAAAGAGCAGUUGCACAUUUUAUCCCAGGAGGGGGCAAUGCUCCGGCCCCAGAGGGGAGCUAAGGUAGUGCAGGGUCAAUGGAGAUGUAACACCCCAGCUGCACAAUCUGACAGAUCUAAUGCAGCUAUUUGUAAUGGGAUUCUUCCCCUUCAGCUCCAGCCCUGUUAUCAGUGGCCAAGCAAGCUUGCUGCAGCGGGGCUGAGGCCAGCUCAUCAGUGCAUAGCUCUCCCAGUGUCGUCUGGAUGCUAAACAAAUGAUCACAUUAGGCUGAGCGAACUGCAGCUGUGCCGGUGAGGCUUUUUUGUUGUGAGACCAAAUCGAUUUUUACUUUUUAACAUUUUAACGCAGCUGUGAAUGACACCACACUGAUGUAGUCAGGUAAGGCUAAAGUGGUAUACAAAAGGGAGAGGUUUUCCUUUUCAGAUUCAAAGCUCAUUUCUAUAAAGCCGUCAUCGGUAGCACAGAGGAGAUAUCAGCAAACAAGAGAAACUUUGAAGAGAGAAGAAAAUAAAUCUAGCAAGAGAAGCAUUUAUCAUUAGCAGCUUUAAAUCAUCCUUAAAGCUGAUAAGUCCUCUGACACCCCUGGUAUUAUAAGCAGCUGCUUUCUUACACCCUAAUCUGACAGCUUUAAAUAAAACACCUGUCCAGUUAUUGUCUGUCCUUUUAGGAGCAACUCUGCUUUUAUAUAUUUUAGAUGUGUGUGGAUUUUAUGGUCCAUGGACUAAACAGUAGCUGCAACAUUAAACUGGUUUGACGCUGAAUCCCCAUACAGUCAUUUGGCGAAGCUUUAAGCUACCAUUAUAAACUUGUGUUAACUGUGUGUGUUUGGAAAGCUGUCAAUUUGCAACUCGAGCGGCAUUAUUGUUUAUUUAGAGUUGUUUUGAGGGGGUUUUUUUUGGUCACCUGGCAAAUUCCACAUCCAGCUUUAUUCCACCAACCCCUGUGGCUCUCUUUGCUGCUAAAUUGUCCACUAUAUUCACCUGCUAAUUGUUAACUUUCCAUUUGCUGCUGGGUCGGUUGUGUGCAGUGGGUAGACUCAGAGAUUUUUCACGGAAAAUGAUCUGCCUGCUGUGACUGGAAAAGGGAAUGGAUGAGAACAAUGGGAGUGAAAGAAAACAGGAAAGUCAGCUGUGGCGCUGUACCAGCAACAAUUUUCACAUUACGCAUACUAAUUCCUUUAUUUAAUAUAAAAAUGGAUUAGAGCACCUUUAAGCAUAUAAACACGAAUAUACUCUUUCAUAGACUUUUUCUUUUAAAGACACCAAAGCUUUGUUUACUUUAUCUUCCUUCCCUGCACUGCCUGUACUGACCUACAGAAAGGUCACUCCGCUCACACUGUAGUCAUAAACUCAUUUUCAAAUCAAAUUAAAGUUUAAAAGAUUAAUAGCCCUCGUGCUCUAAAGGACUUUUCCCCCCAAGUUUAUAAUCAGAUAGGAAAUUGCUUUAUUAUAUCUGAAAUGCCUAGCAAGAAUGAUGUACAUCAACUCUCAUUUACAUGCCAAUUCUGAUAAUCUGAUAGUGUGUAGCUCUUUUUAUUUUUUCCCCUGUUAAGUCCGUGCCCACCUUCACAAGGUUUUGGUCAUGAAAAUUGGCGCUCCCCUAGUAAGCUUCCUGCUCCAUCCCAUUGCAGCUGGAAAAGCCAUUUUUAAUCACCCAGAUAGUGCUGAUAGAUUCUUCUGGGCUUUGCACAGAUUAAGAGAGCAUUACCUAAAAAUGAGGGUGAGAAAAUCGUCUUUGGUCCUUUAAAUACUCACCAGAGAACCGCAAUAUUACAGCCUUUUAUUUUGGUCAUUUUCCUUUAGCCUGUGUUUUUCCAUGAUUCGCUAGGAAACCCCACCCCCACCCCUAAUGUACACUGAUACCUUUACGUAAACUGAUACAUGGGAACUGCUUUGGGGAAAGCACUCGGUUGAGGUUUGGUGCCUUGCUCAAAGGAGACAGCAGAGGGUUGCAAUAACAAACUGCGCUCUAUGAGCAUAUCAGAUACUAGGAUACAGUCUUUGAUCAUCCACCCUGACAAAUUCCCUCAGAAGGAUUCACUUGUUUUUUGGUCUUUUUUGGGGGGAUGUUUCAGUUUGUGUUUGUUAGACGACUGUUGCGUUUAGGAGGAAUUUCUGUCACGCACAGAUGCUGAAGUUUUUGUCAGACUGUUCCAGGUUUUUCCCGUCAAUGUCAGCAGAAAUUAAGGCUGCCUGCCUCUGCCCCUUUCUCUCCUGCUCUUAUUGACAUCUCCUCGCGCUCCCCGCCCCCUCUAUAAUCAUCAGUUGUUUGUCAGCGCUGAUGUGUGUAUGUCACAUAAUGACUGUUGCACAGCAGCAGGACAGCUUUUUCUUCCAGCCAGAAAAAAAGCUGCAAACACGAGCCAAAAAGCACAACAAAGAAAGGAUGCAAAUCUUAACAAAGGGCAUUUUUUAUGGAUUCCUCAUUCUGACUCUGGUAAUCACUGUCAACAAUAGGCUUUUUGUAAAUAAAAUGCCUGGUGGUAGAGCUUCAGAGAAGGAUGUCUAUUUUUCCAGAAUAGUUAAUGAUUCAUUUGGGUAAACAAGGCUUUAAUUGUCUCUCUCUGGUAAGGCCUGUGUACAAGCCCUGACAUCUGAUGCUAAAUUAUAGCUGUAAAACUCUGGCCAGUGUUGAGCUGCUUUUUAGAGCCAAGCUGGCAUAGACUGUGGGACCUGUUCAAUUAAGAAGUGCGCCACAGAGAGGUAAGGCAAAAGGGUCAAAUUGAUCUUAGGAGAGAAAAACGUGUGGCAAAUAAUAUUGACUUUCAUUUUGAUUUCUUAGCUGAAAUGUGAGGAAUAAAUGGCAGCAUUUACUCAGAAAUACUCCGAAAAGAAGAAUCAAAGAUGUUUUUAUUCAAGGAAAACUUGAAUAACUUUCAUUUGACAGCAGUGACAUUUGGAUGCAGCUGAAUCUAGGUUGGAUUGAUUUGAGCUACGAGUCUGCAAACACCAUCAAAUGUAAGAACUGACUCGUUGCAGGGUUUUUGUUUUAUAUUGCCACACCUAUUGGUGUGAGGCUUUUUCAGGAAGGAGCAGAGCAGGAUGGUGCUGAACAGGGAGCAGUGUUGGAUUGAGGCUCCCUGUCUCGCCUGGUGACGGCUCAGAGACAGUUUGGUGCCACUGCCCCAGCUUGCACACUGUGAAAGAAUAUCGAUACAUUAUGAAUCCUUUAGCUCGUUGUACAAGUUUCAUCACCUUCCACCUUUCUCCAACCUGAGUCCAGCGUUCAGUAUUGCUGAUUCAUAGAUGCUUUGAAGCAAAAGACUGUGCAGUGAGACUGACAGUACACUGAAAAACAGGCCAUGUUGGAUUUACUUCAUUCAAUAGUGGACAUUUGUUGCACAUAACUUUUUUGCUUUGGCAGAAACUUAAACAACUGAG